AAGUAUUUAAUAUCGACUUUUGGUCAAAAUGGAUAUUCGUCCAAAUAAUACAAUUUACAUCAAUAAUUUAAAUGAAAAGAUUAAGAAGGAAGAAUUAAAGAAAUCAUUGUAUGCUAUUUUCUCUCAAUUUGGUCAAAUUUUGGAUAUCGUAGCUUUAAAAACAUUAAAGAUGCGUGGACAGGCGUUUGUUAUUUUCAAAGAAAUAGCAAGUGCUACAAACGCCUUAAGAUCAAUGCAAGGUUUCCCAUUCUAUGACAAACCAAUGAGAAUACAAUAUGCUAAAACUGACAGCGAUAUAAUUGCUAAAAUGAAAGGCACCUUUGCAGAACGUCCAAAGAAACCAAAGCGAGUUAUUCCAGUAGCAGACGAAGAAGCCAAACGUGCCAAGAAACGUGCAAAAGAGCAAGCAAAACAUUCACAACAAAUUGGUUAUCAUGCUAGUAUACCCCAACAUUCAGGACUUGUUAAUGCCGCUGUUCCUGAACAGCCACCUAAUCAAAUAUUGUUCUUAACAAAUCUGCCUGAUGAGACAAGUGAAAUGAUGUUAUCAAUGCUGUUUAAUCAAUUUCCGGGCUUCAAAGAAGUACGCUUAGUACCUAAUCGGCAUGAUAUUGCAUUUGUUGAAUUUGAAAAUGAAGUUCAGUCUGGUGCGGCAAAAGAUGCUCUUCAAGGUUUUAAAAUUACACCUUCCCAUGCAAUGAAAAUAUCAUUUGCAAAAAAAUAGCUUUAUAAUAUUUUGUAUUAUCCAUACUAUAAUAAAAUAGAAGUAAGACGUAAGUUGAAUUGCAUUUGUAUAAAGAUAAAUGUAUUUCUU